GCGACCCUUGGCUGCGUGUGCUCCUCGGCGGUCAGUCGCCGCUAACGCACGCCGGACGUGCCCGUCGAACGCCCGGUGGUCCCCCCACCGCAAUAAUCACGCUCGCGAAAUCCCGCGACGAGUGCGCGAGAAUAAAUCGUCUUUGCCGUUUAUAAUAAUCGUUUGGAAUAUAUUAUUAUUAUCGCGAAGACAUAAUAAUAUACGUAACAAUAAUAAUAAUAAUAAUAAUAAUAAUAAAAAUCGUAGUAAAAUCGUUUCGUUACCCGGGCGCGUAAUGUAUGAUAACGGUAAUAAUAGUCGUGUCGAAAUAAAAAUAGUGUGAUAUAAUACAACGAAUAAAGGGACGACCGUCGUCGUCACGGAAUACGAAAUACGAAUGUUGUGCGGUCGGUUUAAAUUAUUAUAAUAUCGUUCGGGCGUAAUAAUAAUAUUAUUUAUUAAAUCGUCGUCCGCGUACCCGUUUGAUAGAAUAUCAUCGUCGUCGUCGUUAUCAUAUUAUUAUUAUUACUGUUGCGACUUACGUGUGCGGUCGUAUUGUCUUGCGACGAGUGACGUUUUUCCGCAUCGAAAUUACCGACGGCUCCUCGACUUUUCAGGCCCGUCGGCCAAUAACUCCGUCUACCGGCACGAAGAAAAACAAGUCGGUUGUUUUCCGUUUAGUUUUCGCGUGCGAACGACCGGGCCGCGAUCAUAUUAUAAACGUAUCGUCGAAACGCCGCGUGUGCGAUGCGGUUUCCAAUAUUGUUGUGUUCUCCGGAUCGUCGUUGUCGUCGUCAUUACCGCCUGUGCCGCCGUGACCCAGUGAUCUCGCGGAGAAGCGUCCGUUCUUAAAUACUUACAAUAUAUAUAUUAUAUAUUAUAAUAUAUUAUACGGUUUACACUUACGCAGGUUAUAUAUUAUCAAGUUAUAUUGAAAUCGACACAUUAAGACUUUUGGAGUGCGAUUUCUGGCCACCAGGUGUGUCUGGCUGUCAAACCGAAUUUUCAAACGCAUCAAUAAUACAUAGAGGAACCUUGAUAAUAUGACGGAAAGUCGGUGGCGAUGACUGUCGUCGCCUCGGUGACGACUACGAUCACCAUCGAUACUGCAACCACACCGCAACGAUGACGGGAACGACAACGUGGUCGGCUGCGACCGCGGCGGCGGUUCCGUCAGCGUCCGCGGACACGUGGUAGUGUGUGGCCGUUCAGCCCGGCUGGGUCAUCUCGUUCUUCAGUUUCGUCUCGUGCGGUUGGCGUCGGACAACCACCAACAGCACCGCCACCACCAACAACAGCAACAACAAAAACAACAACACCGAGGCGGCGGCGGCGGGGGGCGGCGGCCGUCACGACGGCCGCUCGUCCACGACUGCGACGCGACCGGACGGUACGUCGCGCUGGCCCGCUGACCGUGUUGCGGCGCCCACCACUGCCCGCGUGCGCACACCGACCGCCCCAAGAGCACGCGAACCGCGCACCGUCUGUUUACGCUUACCGGCGGCCGAACACGACCGACGAACACCCGCCGCCGGUGGCCGGGCCCGAUGAACCGGACCGAGUGCCAGACGCUGCGCGACUCGCUAGUGUGGAGAGACGCGCAGGUUUUGGGUACCCUGGCCGGCCUGUCUUUUAUCGCGCUCAUCGUGACCGUCGGCAACACGCUCGUCGUGGCCGCCGUGUUCAACAGUUCCAAACUCCGGUCACCGACCAACACGUUUAUCGUUUCGCUGGCUGUUUCCGAUCUCAUGGUCGGCGUGGCCGUAUUGCCGUUCAGCGCCACCUGGGAGGUGUUCAAGGUGUGGCUGUUCGGCGAUUACCUGUGUUCCGUGUGGCUCGCCGUGGACGUAUGGAUGUGCACGGCCAGCAUCCUCAACCUGUGUGCCAUAUCGCUAGACCGGUACCUGGCCGUCACCCGGCCUGUGCAGUACCCCAGCCUGAUGACCAGUUUCCGGGCCAAGGUGCUGGUGGUGAUCGUGUGGGUGCUGAGCUUUGUCAUAUGCCUGCCGCCGCUGGUCGGCUGGCGCGACACGCACAUACCGGCCGAAGCGUCCACGGUGCUGAUCCGGAACGAGCUGUACCACCGGAACGGCACCAGCCGGCCGCAGCAGGAAGCGCUGCCGCAGUCAUGCCCGUGGAUAUGCGAGCUGCCCAACAACAAGUGGUACGUCGUGUACUCGGCGCUGGGCUCGUUCUACAUACCGAUGUUCGUCAUGCUGUUCUUCUACUGGCGCAUCUACAAGGCGGCCGUGCACACCACGCGGGCCAUCAACCAGGGAUUCCGGACGAUGCGCAGCCGCCGGACGUUCGGCAACCGGUUCGACGAGCAGCGGCUCACGUUGCGCAUACACCGGGGCCGCGGUUCGUCGCUCAAGCACGCCGCGACCCCGUCCGCCCCCAACGGCCCGGGCGGCGGGUCGCCGGACGUGAACCGGCCGCCGAACAGUCGGCGGCCGUCGGUCCGGCGCAGCAACCACGAGCGGAUCAAGAUCAGCGUCAGCUACCCGAGCUCGGACUGCAUAAGCGCCGCGGCGGCCGCCGCAGCCGUGGCCACCGUCACCACGGCCACCGCGGUGGACGCUAACGGCAACUCGCCGCCCGAGACGCUCAGCCAAAAGUCGCGGAGCUCGUUUUCGUCUACGACGUCGCCGACCAGCUCCAGUCCACUGUACGCCGUCCACUACACGGCGGCCGAGACGUACCAUCACCAGCGGGCCGCCACCGUCCGGUCGGUGGUCGACACGUCCGCGUGUCAGCUGCGCGUGGCCGGCGGCAGCCGGAAGGAACACCGCCGGUGCAGCGCGGGCGACACGGCAUCGCCGCACUCGCGUCUCCUGUUGACGUCGUCCCCGGGCGGCGGCGACCACGCCCAACACAACCAGCACGCCGGUGCGAUCGCUGGUGGCAGGCCCGCAUCCUGUUCCGUCGCGUCGGUCAAGGACCAACUGUCGCCGUCGCCGUCGUACGACGAGUCCACCGGCGGCGGCGGUAGCGCCGGCGCUAGCGGGGCGAGCGACGGUGGCCUCGGCCGCGGUGUCGGUCUCGGGUCGUCGAACAACAAGUCCAAAUUCGCGUCGAAAAUGAUGGGCGGCGGCAAGCGGAACAUCAAAGCCCAGGUGAAGCGGUUCCGGAUGGAGACCAAGGCGGCCAAGACGCUCGGCAUAAUCGUGGGCGGCUUUAUCGUGUGCUGGCUACCUUUCUUCACCAUGUACUUGGUCCGGGCAUUCUGCCCCACGUGCAUACAGCCCACUCUGUUCUCCGUCAUGUUCUGGCUGGGCUACUGCAACAGCGCCAUCAACCCGAUGAUCUACGCGCUGUUCAGCAAGGACUUCCGGUUCGCGUUCAAGCGGAUCAUAUGCCGGUGGUGCUGUUGGGCGUCCGCCGGCGACUCGACGGCCGGCGCGGGCGGCACGCUGACCGUCGCCGACUACGGCCGCCGCAAGGGGUCGGACGGUUCGCAGCUGGGCGCCGGUGGCCAUGGCGGCGUGUCCCCUCGAAACAGGUACAUCGUCGCGGGUUCCGUUGUCGCGGCCGUGGGUUCCGACGAGUGCAGCGCGCGCAGCAUGCGACUGCUCCAGUACUCGGACAGCGAACCGCUCAACGAACCGUGUUCGGACGACAGGUGAUGGCCACUGCGCGAGCGGCACCUCCACCGCUGUAAUGAUGUUACUAAGAAAAUAUAUUCUGUAUUACGACGCGGGCAUGACUCCUGCUCUGCGCCACGAUUGUUUUUGCAUUAUUAAUAUUAUUAUAACUAUUAAACGAAAUAUUAUAUUAUAUUAUACAAAUACGCUAAUAUAAGAUUAUUAUUAUUAUUAUUAUAUUAUAUACGAUAAAGUUAUGUGUUUCCGUUACCCACUCAUUAUUAUUAUUAAUAUAAUACGCAUUGUGUAAUUA